CAGAGGGGAGUCGAGCACCAUCCACUGAUCUCUCUCACAGUGCUCUUCAGCCACCAGCUGCUCAGUCAAAGUCAUCUCUGAUUGAGCUUUUACUUCGCUUUUAAUUCAUCAACGAAAGAAAAACUCUAGGUCACAUUCGCGCCCGAGAAACAAAGUUUGAGACGAAGGGAAGCUGAAGUUUUGAGAGCGCACAUGGCUGCUCUGAUAAGCGCGUAUUCGUCCUGGCCGGAGAGCUUUGAGUGCUCCGCGGGAAAUGCGGACGUACCUGACGGACACACCUCCCACAGAGCUCCCGCGGACAAGGUGUCGGAGCCGCGUAUCAGGAGACCCAUGAACGCCUUUAUGGUGUGGGCCAAAGACGAGCGCAAGAGACUCGCAGUGCAGAACCCCGAUCUCCACAACGCGGAGCUAAGCAAGAUGCUGGGAAAGUCAUGGAAAGCUUUAACUCCACCGCAGAAGAGACCAUAUGUGGAGGAAGCGGAGCGGCUGAGGGUGCAGCACAUGCAGGACUACCCCAAUUAUAAAUACCGUCCCCGUAGGAAGAAGCAGCUGAAGCGCAUCUGUAAACGCGUGGACCCUGGCUUCCUCCUGACCACCCUCGGCCCCGACCAAAACUCCCUCCCAGAUCCCAGAGGCUGCUGUCACCCCCUCGAUAAAGAUGACGAGAGCGCUGUGAGUGGCACUGUCGGCUUCAGUUCUCCCAGUGUAGCUUUACCCGGCGUCAGGGUCUUCAGAGAUCCCGCCAGUUCCAACAGCAGCUUCGAUACGUACCCAUAUGGCUUGCCCACGCCACCUGAGAUGUCGCCUCUGGACACUGUGGAUCACGAACACCAGUCCUACUACUCAUCCUCCAGCUCAGUCUCCACCAGCUCCUGCUCGUCUUCCACCUCUUGCCCAGACGACAGGCAUCCCACCCCGGUGCACAUGAGCAGUCCACCCCACUACCAUCCCGAUUACUCCCAGCAGGUACCUUUGCACUGUAGGAGCUCACAUUUGGUUCACAUCCCAAUGUCCCAUCAGGGAAGUGGGGUGACCCUUAUCACAGCUCCUCCAUUGUCCUAUUACAGCCCUUCAUUCCCGCAGGUUCAGAUCCAUCAUGGGCACCAGGGGCACCUGGGCCAGCUUUCGCCCCCUCCAGAGCAGGGGCACCUAGAGGGUCUGGAUCAGCUGAGCCAGGCUGAAUUGCUGGGUGAGGUGGACCGAGAUGAGUUCGACCAGUACCUAAAUUCUACAAGUUAUCACCCCGAACAGGGUGGGAUGACAGUCACGGGACACAUCCAGGUAACGCCGGCUUCUGUUUGCUCCAGCAGCGCUACGGAAACCAGUCUCAUCUCCGUAUUGGCCGAUGCCACGGCAGCCUAUUACAACAACUAUGGCAUUUCAUAAACACAAAACAGAGGCAGUUGACACAGACAUAGACUGUGGGCUCGACAAGGGUCAGCAAUAUAACUGGCAAGUGAAAGGAAGGCUGUGGAGGGAGCGGAAAAGAGAAGCUACAGGAAGUCAAAGGACACCUCAGGGAUGCAUAGAUAAAAAAAACUGAAGUUCAUUCCCAUCUUUGUUUCCAAAAGAAGAACGGAAGUAAAAGAAAAAAUGGACAAACAGAAAAUGCUCACAUAUCUUGCCACAAAAGCAUGUACAUAUGCUAUAAAGCUUAUUUAUGUAUCAAAUUGCUUUGCAUUAAAGCUUAUUGUAUUGCAUUUUUCAGUCCAGAUAUAUUCAAUAGAUUUUUUUUCAAACAUAAGUUGUUUUACGUCAAGAUUUAUUUAAGUGAGGCUGGUCUCUUUCUUUAU